UUAUAGUCUACGGCUCUAAAACGGCGGUCACCGGUCUCCACCCCGGCGCAAAGUAGCAUCCUCCACCAUGAGUCUGGAGUCAGCCGCCGUUCUGGAUCCUCUCACCAACCAAUUCACCUCCCUCAACGAUCUGGCCCCUGAACUGGCCUCCCUCCAGGACCUCGCGAACCGGGGCUCAUGGCGCUCCAUCCUCGACAAGGUGGCUAGCGCUCGCUCCCUCUCCAUUCUUACUAAGCCUCACGACCACCUCACCUACCUCUCCUACAAUGUCCUUGCUCUUGCAAAACUACGACGUUUCCCCGAUGCCUCCACCGAGCUCGACUCACUUGAUGACCUCGAUAGUCCAGAAUACAGGUACGAGUCAUACCCCCAAAUCUAUCCCAACCGAUCCGGUUCCAUGGUCCCUUUCGUGCUCCGAUGGCUUCACGCUAUGAUCCCCUUCAAAUUGGAGAAUCGUCGGGAAGGUAUGGAUCGACUAUACAUUCUUCUUGAUUUUGUGCGGACGAAAAUAAAAGAUAGAGAAGAUAGUAAUCAAGAAGCUUCGUUGAAGGUGUGGAGGAGAAGGGAGGUGUUUGUGAUAAAUUUUAUUAUAGGUCAACAUUUGCAUAGCAAGGAAUUUGUUGUUUGUUUGGAUUUGAUUAGGGAUUUGAUUACUCGCGGUUGCUUAGAUCCAAUUCUGUUGUCAAAAUUAGGGUACAUACAGAUGCAAAUUGGGGAUUUGGAGGGAGCAAAGGGUUCGUUCAAUAAAAUCGAGGCAAUGUUGAAUGAAGAGAAGAAUAACGAAUCAUUGAGCGAAAUUGAGUUGAAGAACCUUGUAAACAGAAACAAGGCUUUAAUGUAUUUGGUUGUGAAGGACUAUGUGUCUGCAGUGAGAGAGUAUGAAGAAUGCAUUGAGAGGGAUCACACUGAUGUGGUAGCAAUCAAUAACAAAGCACUUUGCUUGAUGUAUUCAAGGGACUUGCCAGAUUCGAUCAAGGGCUUGGAGAAUGCUCUUGAGAGGGUGCCUACUGUGGCAUUGAAUGAGACUAUAGUGGUGAAUCUGUGUAGCAUGUAUGAAUUGGCUUAUGUUAAUCACUCUGAUAUUAAGAGGACGUUGAGUAAUUGGAUCGCUAGGGUUGCUCCUGAUGAUUUUGAUACUUCAUGCACCAGAAUAUGAGAUCACCAAUUUCAGAGAACCGGUUUGGCUUCUGAGUAUCUUUAUGCUUCCAUUCUUGUCCUCACAAUAUAUAUUUCAAGUAAGUUCGGUUUGUCUCUCAAUAAACUUUUGAUUCUAAUUACAUUUCAGUUUGCUCUCUCUCUCGUCUUCUUCUUCUCAAAUUCAUCAAAUUAUAACAAUUUUUUUUUUCUAUUUUGAGGCUUCAUGUGAUUUUCGGCACGUUCAUUUAGAUUAUUCAAAUAUUCUUCCCGAGCAAACAGUUAUUUACGUCAGUUAUACUAAGAAUUCUGUAAUAAUGUGGCUAUGAACUUUGAAGUA